CGAGACCCAACGCCUUGGAGGUUCCGAGGAAGACGGAAGGCGUUGACAUCAUCACCGGAGUGUGCUAGGAGGUCAGGCAUCGAUGGGUCAACUGGGCUUGACUGACGGGGCAGACGAAGGAGUGGUCGAGAUGAUAGCAUCUCGAUGUCAACGUGGAGAAGGCGUCCUUGCGCAAGGUCUAACACAAGCGGCGAUCCUGGAGGGGGCGGCUCCAUCAGACGAAUUGCGUCGUCGGGCGGAAUCGUGGCUGUCUGAAAUAGAAGAUAUUCAAUGGCGCAUGCAGCAGAUUGUCGGACGCUUGUCCUCCGCUGCCCAGACCGUGGCAGUGGCAGAUUGGGGGGGGUCUGCCCCGGCCAUAUGGCUGGAGAACAAGUGUGAACAGCUUGAAACCCUCCUCCGGCAGAUCGAGGAGGAUUCGGAACUGGAACCUUUUGUCGAUUGGCAGCGGGCUGAAGCUAUUAUAAAGAGCUGCAAUUUGAUCUUUGACCAGGGUGCUGAUUUCUGCGCUGCACUCAAGGAGAGGUUGGUGACUGAAGCUUGGCGGGAGGCUGAAGUCUCGAAUCUUGUCACCUUGUAUUCAGGGGAGUAUACAUCAUCAACAGCAUCAACAGCACCAAUGAUAACGACUUCGAACACAAUAACUGUGGAGGCUCUGGCGCUCAUCGCGGAGACUUUGCACGGCACAGAGAAGCUAGACAAUCUAACGUCAGCAAAGGGAACGACAACUAUUACUGCAGCAAAAAUGAAGGAGGUUGCUCCUCCAUACAUCAUGGCCGCAUCAUUCGUUAAGGAGGAACUGGAAGAUCGAAACACAAGUGUGAAAACAAGAACAACACUGUCAACGAAUACAACAUCCAUGACUACAAUGAAUAUACCGUCGACUGCGAUAGCAUCAAUGAACAUUUUGACGGUGGGGCGGCCAACAGAGGAAGUCGGGCAGGUAGAAUGGCUGGUUUACAUCCUGCAUGGCGGUAAGUCUUCAAUUUGCCCUCUGUUCCCCGCCGUGUUUCUCCGCACUGUUUACCCCGGUUUAGUCCACGUGGCCGCAUGUCUGAUGGUUUUUCCUUUCACCCGAUUGGCGGGGCAGCAAGGACGGUGGGAGGAGGGACCUGCCUGGUGGUUGGGCAUGAUAAACUACAAAGGCAGGUGGGGUGAGCGCGGGCUAUGGAUGCGUGAAGGUGUGGGGUAGAGGUCGGGACUGAGGGAGAAUAGACCAACCUUUCUUUUGGAACCAUGCGGUAGGUUGAUC